CCCCUUCCCGCGGACGCUCUGGCCUUUCCAUCUCGCAGUUUCCCCGGCUCUCCCUAAUUCCGCAUGGCGGUCCCUUGCCGGCUUUUGCGGGGUCUCUUUCGGGGGGGAAGCUUCACGGGAACCCCCGGCUUGGUGGGGCCCUGGCGGUCUCGCUGCUACACCCGCGUCGCCGGACCGGAGGAAGCGGAGGAAGGCGGCCGUGACGGAGAGAUGGGCCGGGAGGGCGAGGAAGGCGCGCUCUUGCGGAUCGCGCCACCCAAGCUGCCUCGGGAAACCAGAGAUUUGCUGAAGGAAUUCCCGCAGCCGAAAAACCUUCUCAACAGCGUCAUUGGACGCGCCCUCGGGAUCUCCCAUGCCAGAGACAAAUUAAUCUACAUCCAUUCCAAUGGGCCACGAAAAAAGAAAGUCACGCUCCUCAUCAAGUGGCCCAAGAAUGUGGAAGUGGAAGGCUACGGGACCAAGAAGAUUGACGCCGAGAGACAAGCGGCUGCCGCUGCUUGCCAGCUCUUCAAGGGUUGGGGCUUACUGGGACCCCGAAAUGAGCUUUUUGACGCCGCCAAGUACCGGAUUCUGGCUGAGCAGCUGGGCUGCGCUGAGAAGAAGUGGUUUGCCGAAAGCCACUGGCGGUCCAAAUCCGGCCCUUCCCUGGCUGAUCUCUCAACCUGCUGGCGACGGAUGGAGCCCGAAGAGCCCGUCCAGCCCCUGGAGCACAGCCCUCUCCCCAAACCCCUCCGAAAUGAAGAGCUGGAGGAGGGGGAGCUGGAGGAGGGGGAACUGGAGGAAGGGGAGCUGGAAGAAGAUGCCAUCGACCUCCACAACGGUCUCUCCGUGACGCGGCCAGGCACUCAGACACCACCCAGAGAGCUCAGGGAUGCCCUCUCGGUGGAAAUGACCGAUGACAACACUGCCCUGCGUGCCCUGACUCAGUUUCCCCUGCCGAAAAACCUCCUCGCCCAGGUCAUCCAGAUCGCCACGUCCUCUUCCACCGUCAAGGAAUACAUGCAGUUCCGCACCGUCGGCACCAAAACCAAGAUCUGCAAACUGACGUUACGCUGGCCCUGCCCGAUGACCUUCGCCGCCAAGGGACGUCGCAAAGUAGAAGCAGAGAACAAGGCUGCCGCCCUGGCAUGCCAGAAGCUCAAGAGUCUUGGUUUAGUUGACAAGAAUAACAACCCACUGAGCCACGCCAUGUACAACAUGACCUCCCUACGGGAGCUGGGGGAGAACCAGAGGAAGCCCUGCCACAUCAAAGUCCCUGAAGCUACGCUGCGCAAGAUUGAGAACUACUUGAACCAUUACCCCGUUGACUCCCGGGACUCCCGGCCGCCCCGGCUGACGGAUGACAUGAUGAACCUAAGUAAGGAGAGUGGUGGCGCCCUCAGUGAUGCCAUCACAGGCAAAACCUACAUCCCGCUCUCCGAAUCGGAAGAGGUCCGUCUCAGCCAGAACCUCCUGGCUCUUUGGAAGCGGCGGGGGAGCCUGUGGCAGGAGAGCCACCCGCUCCCCGUGGACUCCCACAAGGAAGCCAUCCUCUCGGCCGUGGAACAGCACCCGGCGGUGGUGAUCGCUGGUGAUACGGGCUGCGGGAAAACCACCCGCAUCCCCCAGUUGCUGCUGGAACACUUCAUCCUGGAGGGCCGCGGCGCCCAGUGCAACGUGGUGAUCACCCAGCCCCGGCGCAUCAGCGCCAUCUCUGUGGCCCAGCGCGUGGCCCAAGAGCUGGGUCCCAGUCUGCGGCGAAAUGUUGGCUACCAGGUGCGGCUGGAGAGCAAGCCGCCAGCCCGGGGCGGCGCCUUGCUCUUCUGCACCGUGGGCAUCCUGCUGCGGAAACUGCAGGGCAACCCCCGGCUAGAAGGGGUCAGCCACGUCAUUGUGGAUGAGGUCCACGAGCGGGACGUCAACACCGACUUCCUUCUCAUCCUGCUGAAGGGAAUUCAGAAGCAGAACCAGCAGUUGCGCCUGGUGCUGAUGAGCGCCACGGGAGAUAACCAGCGUUUCUCACAGUACUUUGGGGACUGUCCCGUGGUUAAAGUGCCAGGGUUCAUGUACCCGGUCAAAGAGUACUACCUGGAGGACAUUAUGUCCAUGGUCGGCCGGCAUCGUCACUACGAGAUCAAGCAAUCGGACGACGAAUGCAUCGUGGACCUGGAGCUGAUCGCUGACCUCGUCCUUCAGAUCGACGCCCACGGCGAACCAGGUGGCAUCCUCUGCUUCCUUCCGGGCUGGCAGGAGAUUAAAGGGGUCCAGCAACGUCUUUUGGAAAUCCUGGGGUCCCACAACAGCCGCUACCUUAUCUUACCAGUUCAUUCCAAUAUCCCAAUGAUGGACCAGCAGAGCAUCUUCCCCCGGCCUCCCCCCGGCGUGCGAAAAAUCGUCCUGGCCACCAACAUUGCCGAGACCUCCAUCACCAUCAACGACAUCGUGCAUGUGGUGGACAGCGGGACCCACAAGGAGGAGCGCUACGAUCUGAAGACCAAGGUUUCGUGCUUGGAGACCGUCUGGGUAUCGAAAUCGAACGUCAUCCAGCGCCGAGGACGAGCCGGGCGCUGCCAGUCGGGCUUCGCCUACCACCUCUUCCCACGCAGCCGCCUGGACCGCAUGCCCACCUACCAAGUGCCAGAAAUCCUGCGCACGCCGCUGGAGAAUCUGGUGGUCCAAACCAAGAUCCACCAGCCGGAGAAAACGGCCGUUGAGUUUCUCUCCAAAGCCCUGGACAGCCCCGACAUCAAAGCCGUAGAUGAGGCCGUCAUCCUCCUGCAGGAAAUUGGAGUGCUGGAUUCCCGAGAGGCUCUGACCACGCUGGGCAAGCGCCUGGCCCAGAUCUCCACUGAUCCCCGGCUGGCCAAGGCCAUCGUGCUGGCUUCCAUCUACCGCUGCAUCGAGCCCCUCCUGCUCAUCGUCUCCUGCCUGACCCGCGACCCUUUCAGUAGCAGCCUGCAGAACCGAACAGAGGUGGACAAGGCCAAGGCUGUGCUGAGCCGGGAGAGUGGCAGCGAUCACCUGGCCUUCGUGCGGGCUGUGGCGGGCUGGGAGGACAUCCUGCGGCGCCGAGACAGCCGCGCUCGCGACGACUACCUGCAGGAUUAUUCGCUCUACGCCCCCAGUUUGCGCUUCAUCAAUGGACUCGUGAAGCAGUUUUCUGAGAACCUCUACGAAGCUUACCUGGUGCCGACCCCGUCGGAUUGCCUUUUGCCGUCGUCCGUCUGCAACCAGUACAGCGAGGAAGAGGAGCUGGUGAAAGGAGUCCUGAUGGCCGGGCUGUACCCCAACCUCAUCCAGGUCCGGCAAGGGAAGGUGACCAGACAGGGCAAGUUCAAACCGAAUAGCUACACGUACCGGACCAAGGCAGGGACUGUCCUCUUGCACAAAUCAACCAUCAAUAGGGAGUCCUCCAAGCUGUACAGCCGUUGGCUGACCUACUUCAUGGCAGUCAAAUCCAAUGGAGGUGUCUUUGUGCGAGAUUCCUCUCAAGUGCAUCCACUCGCUGUGCUGCUGAUGACCGAUACGGACGUCUAUGUGAGGGACGACGGCUGGCGCGCCACUAUCUCCCUGGUGGACAGCGACCUGCUGGUCCUGGAAGGCGACUCGUACACCAUACGGCUUCUCCGUGACUUCCGGGUGGCCCUCUCCCGGAUGGUGGAAACCUGCCUCUGCUACGAGAUGGCGGCCAUUCCUGGCGACCUCCACCACCAACACAGCCAGCUCCUGGAUAUUCUGGUGGAUCUUCUAAAAGGCCCUUCCGCCAACUUCGGUGCCUAGGAUCUGAACCAGAGGACUUGUAAUUUGUACAAAGAUGUUGAGAUAUGUUUAUUUAAAUAAAGUUCUAUUUAUCCCUUGUGA